AUAUAAUAAGAAUGAUCAUUUGCUUACAGUCCAUAAGCAUAAUUAAUAUUACUUUAUAUCAUAAAGUUCCUUUUUUUAUUGGAUUUUUAUAGGUUAUUUGAAUGUUGAUGCUCACAUGCAAAUAAUCAUGUUCCAAGUUUUUCGUAAGUCAAAUCAAAUAAAAAUAUUGACCGUUUGCAAUUUUCAUUCCGCGCACUUACAAUGCGUCAAAGAAAAAACGUUUUCCCAAAAAUUAGAGAAUGGACCUGAUUUUAAAGAUUUUAUUACUGGCGACUUCAAAGAAUAUGAUGGAAAAUUAAAAUUAGAAAAAGGAGAUAAAUCUCGUUUAAGAUUACCACCGUGGCUUAAAACACAGAUACCAGUGGGUAAAAAUUACAGUAAACUAAAAUCACAAUUAAGACAAUUACGAUUAAGUACUGUAUGCGAGGAGGCACGGUGUCCCAACAUUGGAGAAUGCUGGGGAGGCGAUAAGCAUGGGACAGCAACUGCUACUAUUAUGUUAAUGGGAGACACAUGUACCCGUGGUUGUCGUUUCUGUUCUGUUAAAACAUCACGUACACCAUUACCAUUAGAUCCAGAAGAACCAAUAAAUACAGCAACUGCGAUAACAGAUUGGGGUUUGGAUUAUGUUGUACUUACAUCUGUGGACAGAGAUGAUCUGAACGAUGGUGGAGCUAAUCAUAUUGCAGAAACAGUUAAAUGUAUUAAACAAAGGAGCAGUAUUUUAGUAGAGUGCUUGAUACCAGAUUUUAGAGGUGAUGAAAAUUGUAUUGCAACAAUUGUUAAUUCUAAUCUUGAUGUGUUAGCCCAUAAUAUUGAAACUGUUGAACGAUUAACUCCAUUUGUUAGAGAUAGACGAGCUCAAUAUAGGCAGUCAAUAAAUGUCUUAAAGACAGCUAAAAAAUUAAAUCCAGAUUUAAUUACGAAAUCAUCGAUAAUGUUGGGAUUGAGUGAGACUGAUGAAGAAGUUGAACAGACCAUGAAAGAUUUGAGAGAUGUAGGUGUAGAUGCUUUAACGCUUGGACAAUAUAUGCAACCUACAAAAAGACAUUUAAAAGUUAUUGAAUAUGUCACACCUGAAAAAUUUAAAAAAUGGGAACAAUUAGGAAAUGAAUUAGGGUUUUUAUACACUGCUAGCGGCCCAUUAGUGCGUUCUUCCUAUAGAGCUGGCGAAUUCUUCUUAACAAAUAUAUUAAAAAAGCAAAGAAGUAAUAAGAUCGAGAAAUAGUAAAUAUAUUUAUGAAAAUAUUAUUUUGUUGUGACUAUCAUGAAAAUGAUUGUUUAUAUAUAUAUAUUUUUUUUAGUAUAAAUUAUUGUAAAUUUGUGCAUAGAAAUGUGUUGUUAUUAACGCGUUGAUUGCUGCCACUUAGUUGGAAAAUUAUCUCCGUGUAAAACAAAAAAGUAUCGUAGUUAUGUAUGUGAAAUAGCAGUUUCAUGAAAAUCAAUUAUAUACAUUGGCGUAACUAAAUAUGUAGGAGCCAGGGUGCCCCUCGUAAACUAACUCUUUUUACUAUUCUAGAAUUCUAAGAAUCUAAUGUUUUAAAAAUCCAAAAUUCCAGUCCCUAGAAAAAGGUCUUAAUUACGCCAAUAGUUGUAUAUAUAUGAUAGUAAAAAUGUAAAUUAUGCAUAAAAUUGUAACUGUAAAUAAACGGAAAUGUGUUUAAA